UCAUGUUAUUGACACAGUGUGUCGUUUUUAUGACACUGGUAGCAAGUGUACUCAAUGUGUUUCCACAAAGAUGUUUUGUAGGACACGAGAUCAUCUGCCCCAAAUCUAACAUAACUAGUCUACCUACUAAACUACCAGGAGUCAUCACCAAAGUUUUACUCCAAGAAAACCGCAUCCAAACAAUCCAUGACCUCUCUUUCUUUCGGCACCUCGUUAUUCUAAAUCUUCGCCACAACCUCCUCACAACAUUUCCAUGGGAAUCAAUAAACCAUCUUCGCCGUCUUGCCAACCUGGAUUUGUCCCAUAACCUGUUAUCCUAUGUAAGGCUUGACUUGGCUAGUGGCAAUUUGCAAUCUUUUUAUAUUGACCUAUCUUACAAUAAGUUGACCACGUUUUCGGAGGCAAACUUGGGUAUAGCGGCUGUUCUUCGCCUGCGGGACGCAUCGUGGUUGCAUAUUCGUCGCUUUAUUCAUGGUAACCAAAUUCACUGUGAUUGCCGUAUGUUUUGGUUGUCAGAAAUGGCCUCAGCUUUUGACAAACGCCUCCAGGCUAUCCCACAGUGGUGCCCAGAAGAUAGGGGCCCGUUGUAUGCAGAUUUUUGUUCAAAUGGGGUGCCGAAAUGUAGUAGUCCAGGUAGCUUGAAAGGUGUUCCAAUCCACCGAGCAAACCUGCGUGCAUGUUCUGCCAAACAGGACGUAAGCACCGACAACUACAACCGAGCCAAAACUGAACUUCGCGUUUACAAAACAGAUGCCAUAAAUACCACUACCACAAAACUUCCCAAGACAGAGAAACACACAUCCAAAGCAUCAAAAACAACAAGCGUUAACCCUGUAACAGUUAUCAUCAUAUUGGACUGUGGGAAGGUGAUGGUGUAA